UGGGAGUUGUUCCUCUGCAGCAAUGGCUUGGCUUGUAGUAAGAUUAGCAAUAUCUGUGUCUUUAUUAUAUACUGCAUCGGCGGUAUUUGAAGACCAAGUUGGAAAGUUUGAUUGGAGGCAACAGUUUAUCGGCAAGGUGCGUUUUGCCUUGUUUGACACUCAUUCUCAAGCGUCUAAAAAGCUCCUGGUGGCAACUGACAAGAACGUGUUUGCUUCCCUCAAUUCAAGGACUGGAGACCUGUUCUGGCGGCAUGUGGAUAACACUGGACCAGAGGGCCAUAUUGAUGCACUGCUUAUGUAUGGACAGGAUGCUGUUGUUGUUGUUGGAAAUGGCCGUCUGCUUCGCUCCUGGGAGACCACAGUCGGUGGCUUGAAGUGGGAGACAGUACUUGAUACAGGAAGCUUUCAGGCUGCUGCUUUAGUUGGAGUUCAAGACCAUGUGAAGUAUGUUGCUGUGCUGAAGAAAUCAGCGAUCUCGCUCCAUGACCUUUCAAGUGGCAGCCAGAUAUGGGUGGAAAACUUACCUGACAGUGACUCUGUUCAGUAUCAAACUAUUUAUUCUGGUGGGGAUGGACUGGUCUUUGUUUUUGGAGUUGUGCCAAACUCCCAUAUUGUUAUUGUUGAAUACAAAAUUGAAGAUGGAGAAAUCAUGAACAAGAAAUCAGUUGAAGCCGCAUGGAUGUCAAGCCUGGAGAGCAGCUGUACAGUCAUCAGCUCAGGGAUCCUAUUGUGUGUGGAUCAGAUCACACAGUCCCUGUAUACUCUACUACUGCAGUCUGCAGAACAGACAGAAAUGAGACAGAUCCACCUCCAGACGCUAGAUUUGGAGGUGGCAUCUGGAUUCCAGCCUGUUCUGACGUCUGCUCAACCCAAUCCAGCACAGCCUCCUCUUUCUGAGUUCUUCCUGCAGCUCAGUCCAGAUCAUCACAUCCUGCUGCAACUCAAAGACGGCCUCAUCGUUCCGCUCCGAGACUUCAAUCCAUCAUAUCUGGCUGCUUUUGCCACAUCUGGAGAGAGGACAGUUGCUGCUGUGAUGUCCCCAAAGAAUGAUACUGCUUGCAGCAUCAACCUGUUCAGUGCUGACACAGGGCGGAGGCACCUUGACACCACCAUUAUCUACCACAUGGACCCUAAUGGAGGAAAGCCAAACAGAUUAUACGUCCACGCCUUUCUGAAGAAAGAUGAUUCUGUUGGCUACAGAGUCAUGGUGCAGACGGAAGAUCUUACACUCACUUUCCUACAGCAACCUGGCAGGGUGGUCUGGAUGAGGGAGGAGGCCCUGGCUGAUGUGGUCACGAUGGAGAUGGUCGAUCUGCCAUUCACUGGAACACAGGCAGAACUGGAGGGAGAGUUUGGAAAGAAAGCCGAUGGUCUGUUACCCAUGGUUCUCAAGCGCCUCUCUUCCCAGUUCAUCCUGCUGCAGGCCUGGCUGGCCCAUCUCUGGAAACUCUUUUAUGAUGCCCGGAAGCCCCGCAGCAGUGUGAAGAAUGAGGUCAGCAUAGACACACUGUCUCGGGAUGAAUUCAACCUGCAGAAGAUGAUGGUGAUGGUAACUGCCUCUGGGAAGCUCUUUGGCAUCGACAGUAAAUCAGGAACGAUUUUGUGGAAGCAGUAUUUAGAAAACAUCCAGCCCAACUCUGUUUUCAAACUCAUUGUGCAGAGGACCACUGCUCACUUUCCUCAUCCUCCACAGUGCACACUUCUUAUAAAAAACAAGGACACAGGUAUUGGAAACCUCUAUGUCUUCAAUCCCAUCUUUGGCAAGAAGAGUCAAAUUAGUGUCCCUGCCUUACCCAGACCUGUCCUUCAGACCCUGCUGCUGCCUGUCAUUGACCAGGACUAUGCUAAAGUCCUUCUACUUAUUGAUGACCAGUACAAGGUCACAGCAUUUCCAUCUACAAAAAACGUUCUACAGCAGCUUCAGGACACGGCAUCAUCCAUAUUCUUCUACCUAGUGGAUACUAGUCAGGGAAAACUGUCAGGUUUCCGUCUGCGCAAGGAUUUGUCUACAGAGCUAAUCUGGGAGGUGGUCAUCCCCACCGAGGUGCAGAAGAUAGUGGCUGUCAAAGGAAAGCGUGCAAAUGAACAUGUGCAUUCCCAGGGCAGAGUCAUGGGGGAUCGUAGUGUGCUCUACAAGUAUCUGAACCCUAAUCUCUUGGCUGUGAUAACGGAAAGCACAGACACCCAUCAGGAGCGGAGCUUUGUUGGAAUCUUCCUGAUUGAUGGUGUCACUGGCCGUAUUGUGCAUGAAGCAGUGCAGCGGAAAGCCAGAGGACCUGUUCACUUUGUACACUCUGAAAACUGGGUGGUGUAUGUGUACUGGAACUCCAAGUUCCGCAGAAAUGAGUUUUCUGUGUUGGAGCUCUUUGAGGGAGCGGAGCUCUAUAACAGCACAGUGUUCAGCUCCCUGGACAGACCACAUCCACCUCAGGUUCUGCAGCAGUCGUACAUAUUUCCAGCUCCCAUAAGCACUUUGGAAGCCACACUUACAGAAAAAGGCAUCACCAGCCGACACCUUCUUGUUGGGCUGCCAUCAGGCAACAUUUUAUCCUUACCAAAGAUGUUUCUGGACCCACGGAGGCCAGAGGUGGUCUCAGAACAGAGUCGGGAGGAAAACCUCAUACCAUAUGCUCCAGAAAUGCCCAUUCGUGAAGAGUGGUUUAUAAACUACAACCAAACUGUGUCAAGAGUAAGGGGCAUCCACACUGCUCCCUCUGGCCUGGAGUCUACCUGUUUGGUGGUUGCGUAUGGUCUUGACAUCUACCAGACCAGAGUGUUCCCCUCCAAGCAAUUUGAUGUCCUUAAGGAUGACUAUGACUAUGUAUUAAUCAGCAGCGUACUCUUUGGCCUCUUCUUUGCCACCAUGAUCAGCAAACGUCUAGCGGAAGUGAAACUGCUCAAUAGGGCUUGGCGAUAACUCAUCCUGAUGGCCUGUUGACUUCACUCUCACCCUCACUGCAAUGUGGUCGACACAUUGAUGGCAGGAGACUAGCUGGUGACCAUGUCAAAACUGCAAGAUCAUUUGAUAAGUUUGGUGUAUUUUUGCAACCAGCUGUCUUAGAGAUCUUGUGGUGUUUUGAGUGUAAGUGCAUAGACGGCCAUGAUAGUUUUUCCCUUUUCAGAGAGCGAAGUAAUGAUGUAGGUCUAAUCUCUCCCCUCCCCCCUCACCCCUCCCCAAGCAUUGAAAAAUUCACUGUCUAAUUUAUUUAUUGUGCCUUUCGGGGUAACAUAACUCAUGUGAUUUAAAGGUAGACUCGCCAGGUAUAAUAUAAUACCCAUCCCGUUUAUUUAUUUAAUUUUUUCUCCAUUUUAGAUUUCAUUCAGUAAGUCUGAGUCUGCCUUUUUGAAGAAACUGUGUUAUUUUGAAAAUUAAUACUGAGGGAAGGAGUAUUGUAAAAGGACUGCCAUUUUUAUUUAAAUCAAUGAAAAGAUUUAAUAAAAUUAUUGGGUUUUAAAUUUGAUAUGAUCUGAUGAGCUGUUAAAGAAUAUAUUGCCUUUUGUACAGGAUUUGAAUGGGCAAACACUAGUGCACAUGAGAACUGUGAAAUUGUUUUCUCCUGUACAUUAAUGACAGAAGGUUCUGCAUAGGAAUUUGAAUAGUCUUUUGUAGUUAUUUUAUGGUAUGUCAAAUGCACUGGAUGGUUUGGAGCCAUGUUCUUUCUUGAUAUAUUUAUGAGCAAGAUCCUAAUAUGCCAUAUCAUACUUUGAUUUUGACUUGUACUCAUUACAAAUCCUUGUGAUUUUACUAUUGUGUAAAAUGUUUCUACUCUUGAUUUUCAUGAAUAAUAGGCCUGUUUAUAUACAUAAUUUUGAAAGCAUCCCCGCUGCUGCAAACUAAUGAUGUCAGAGAAAAAUGAGUUUAAUAAUAAUAUUUGUAACAAAAGAGUAGACAUUCAAUUAAGUUGGUAACAAACCUAAUGCUUUUUUUAAACAUGCAUAAAUUGUUUGUUCUUUUCCCCCUAAUCAAUAAAAAAAAAAAAAAUCCC